AUGUAUGCCGACGACGUAGCUGCUGUAGUCACGGCACCAACGUCUCAUGAGCUGGAGCAGAAGCUAAACUACACAGUUCAAAGGCUCGAGUGGUGGUUCCGACUAAAUGGCUUAGCCCUAAACAGGGAAAAAACUAUGUUUAUAGUAUUCCAACUAAACGGCGCACCACCACCACCCUACUCGGUCACCGCCGACAAUCAUACCGCCCUGCAGAUGGUCCGAACCACGAAGCUGCUGGGCUUUCAUAUCGAUAGUGCCCUCACGUGGGGCUACCACAUCGACGAACUCUGCUCCAAGUUAGGUCGCGCACACUUCGCGCUCCGUCGCCUGGCUAGCACGGCGUCUCGCAGCGUAGUAAUAUCGUGUUAUUUUGCGACCGUUCUCAGCCUCCUCACCUACGGCGUAGAGCUGUGGGCGCGGGCUGCAGACGCCGGGCGGGCCUUCAGAAUGCAGAAGAAGGCGGUACGUGCGAUUGUCGGCGCACCCAAUGAUGCCCCGUGCAGAGAGCUGUUUAAAGAACUAAAUAUCAUGCCCCUUCCCUGCGAACUCAUUUGCCAGGUAGCUCUCUUCACACACAAGAACUUGGAUGUUUUCCAACAGCGAGGUGUGAAUCCGCACCGCGCUAUGCGCAGCAAUAAGCUCUCCCAUCUGCUCAUCACACCUAAACACGACCUACGCAAGUCCGAGAGGUCGGUGUAUGUGAUGGGCCCGUCUGUGUACAACAGACUGCCGAACACAAUUAAAAAGGAUGCAGCUUCCAUAGUGACCUUUAAGCUAAAACUACGUAGGUGGCUCCUCGACCACACGUUUUAUUCAUUGGAUGAGUUCUACGAACUUCCUAAUCAAUGA